AUUAAUCCCUUUAACUUAUCUGUAUUGCUUGGCUGAUACAUCGACAAGACAAUUCUUGGGCUGUACAAAGAACUUUUCCACCGAGAGAUUCUAUUUCUUUCAUACUUGUGUCACGGCUGUUGGACAAGGGAUCUUGAAUUUUAAUGGUGGUCAAAACAUUGGCCUUCCCGCUGCAAUCCUUCUCUUUCAGGGUAGCAUCAUCUGCUUCUUCCUUGAAUUGCAACAUCUCUCAUUUUUGUUAUUCGCUAAGAUCCCCGUUUCUGGAAUGGGUUCUUUUUACUUGACUUUUCUGCAAAAUAUCAUUUCAAUUUUAAACAAUUGUGUCAGUCCGGCGAUUUAUUUCACUUGCAACAAGGACAUUCGAUCGUAUGCUUUCGAGUUUUGGUUGUAUUGCAAAGGUAAACGUUUGGAAAUCAGGACAAUCAAUUUUCGCUUAUCGAUAGAAAGCUCGAGGAGAAAUUCAAAAGUAGUGAGCGCGAUGGUUCAAUAC